UGGCAGUUCUCGGCUACCGUACAAAUCAAAGGAGGAAAAAAAACCUCACAUUGACUCGUAAGUCAAGUUUACCGUAAUAUUUUGCUAAAGCGCACCUGCGAAAAGCAGGCCUCGUGACGUCAGGAGUGUCAAAUUCCUGAGAUUUUUACAGGACAAAAGGAGCCUGUCUGGGCCAUGGUCUGGAUGAGGAAAAGUCUCCACACUUUGACUACUGCGGAGAGAGGAAGUUGAGUUUCUCACCGCAGGAUUCAUCGGCAUCUUGGCAUCUACGAGAAAUCUGUGCGCUCUAACACCGGAUAAAUAAGGUACUUCUAGUGUUUUCAACUUUGCUGAGCUGUCUCGCGGUUUUGUUCUGCAGGCGCUAUUACUUUUGCAACCUGAUCUUCAAAGGUUCGAUUAAAACAGUCCAGCUUUGGGUUUUCAGAAGUUUGCGGUGAGACCAAGGAAACUUGACGUCUUUUUGUGAGCUAAACACGUCUGUAACUCUUAUGUCGGUUACUUGAGACAGCUCAUCCGUCCGUAGCUUUUGCACAUAAACGUUACAUUUAAGCAACUCAGGGGAGCAAACUUGAAGCCCCCACUCCAGAGUUAGAGUGAUCAUGUCAGUCCUCCUGUAACUUGAAGCCAGCUCACCUGCGUUUUGAUGACUGAAAGCAUAAUUCAUCACACCUUUUUUUUUUUUAAAUCAAAGUUUUCUUUGAAUUAACUUUAUUGACACCAUAGAUUAAGAACAAAACGACUACACAACUUCAUGUUAUCUUUGACUUGGGCCAAGGGAACAUUUUGUACAUGGAUACAGCAAAUGCAGAAGCAAAUUAUUAUAAAAGCGUAUGAACAUUUGAAUAUCUUUUUUGUAAAAGUCAUGUAUAGUCAUGACUUGUCCUGUGCAGCUUAUGUAGGCCUAGCUUUAGAGGAUCUGAUUCUGUUCUUAUGACUGUUUUCCUCCCACAGUGAGGGCCUUACCUGUUCAAUUAAAAAUAAUAAUGCAGAAUCCUAGUGUAGCUUAAGAGUGGUUCUCUAAGCCCUACUAACCACCUAAUUACAGAACCCAAUUCCAUUGAAGUUGGGAAAUUGUGAUAAACGCAAAUAAAAACAGAAUACAAUGAUUUGCAAAUCCUUUUCAACCUAUAUUUAGUUACAAAGACAAGAUAUUUAAUGUUCAAACUCGUGACAAAGAAGUUGGGAAAGAAGGCAAAAAAUGGACUCUAAGAUGGACUGAUGCAAAGUGGAAAAGUGUUCUGUGGUCUGAUGAGUCCACAUUUGUAAAUGUUUUUGGAAAUAGUGGACGUCGUGUCCUCCGGGCCAAAGAAGAAAAGAACCAUCUGGACUGUUAUGGGCGCAAAGUUCAAAAGCCAGCAUCUGUGAUGGUAUGGGGGUGCAUUAGUGCCCAAGGCAUGGGUAACUUAUACAUCUGUGAAGGCAACAUUAAUGCUGAAAGGUACAUACAGGUUUUGGAGCAACAUAAACUGCCAUCCAAGCAACGUCUUUUUCAUGGACGCCCCUGCUUAUUUCAGCAAGACAAUACCAAGCCACAUUCUGCACGUGUUACAACAGCGUGGCUUUAUAGUAAAAGAGUGCGGGUUCUCGACUGGCCUGCCUGCAGUCCAGACCUGUCUCCCAUUGAAAAUGUGUGGCGCAUUAUGAAGCAUAAAAUACGACAACAGAGACCCCGGACUGUUGAAUAACUGAAGCUGUACAUCAAGCAAGAAUGGGAAAGAAUUCCACCUUCAAAGCUUCAACAAUUCGUCUCCUCAGUUCCCAAACGUUUAUUGAGUGUUGUUAAAAGGAAAGGUGAUGUAACACAGUGGUAAACAUGCCCUUGUCCCAACUGCCUUGGCAUGUGUUGCAGCCAUGAAAUUCUGAGUUCAUUAUUAUUUGCAAAAAAAAUUAUCACAAUUUCCCAACUUCAGUGGAAUUGGGUUUUGUACAUAAUUACAUUCUUUGGUGUUUUUCUAAAUCAGGUAAGAACAUUUAUCUUUUAUAUUUACUUUUAUUUAUUUGGUUAUUAUUCCACUACCACUCUACCUCUAGAAAGUGCAAUAUCACUCAACCUUGCUGCUAUUUUACCCUUUAUUUUUAUUCAUUUUUAUUUAUUAUUUCUGUAUAUUAAAUUAAACACCACCAUGCCGUGAUAUGGAAGCCGAGCAACGACAUUUCGUUGCAGAGAGAAAUCACUGCUGUGUUUUAUUCUGUGCAAUGACAAAUAAAGAAAGUCUAAGUCUAGUCUAAGGUUUAAGCUACAAAAGAAGUUGCAGGCAAUAUUUGUCCAAAACAUGAGACGAUGUUUAUGACUGAGACCUGCAGCAGGUAUGGUCCUCUGCUUUUUUGAGAGGAUCCCCUGAAUGUUUUUACCCAAGACAAAAAGGAAGGCUGUGUCUCCCUCUGGUGGUUAAACUCACUGUUCAUAGAGACAUUUUUCAUCUCUGAAAGAAACUUUUUUUUUAGGUUUAUGAUUGGAUUUAACAAAAACGACUGCCUUCUUUAUCCUGGAUGAUUGCUCUAUUGCAGAAUGCUGAUACAUUCUAGCUGACCCAUUUUCGCUUUUCCUUAAUUGUUAUUUAUUUAUUUCCCCAGGAUGACUUCAAAACGCAGUGUCAGACCUGAUGAGGGUUUGAUGAUGAUGCAGGAGCUUGAUGACCGACUAAAGGAGCAAAUUGACAAACUGGAGCAUGUUCGCCUUGCUGCAGUUGACCUAAAAGACAAUUUGUCUGGGGUGGGAGGCCACAAAUCCUUAAGCGUUAAAAACAAACAAACAGAAAACUGUUUGACCAAAACUUGUUUUCAUUGAACUUUCUUCUGCUUUUCCUUCAAUGCAGAGCAACAGUGAUCUAAGCCAGUCCAUCACUGACCAUCUGGAAUGGUUAAACCACUUGUCGGAGCGAGUGGAGACUCUUCACAUGAACACAACUGUUUUUGUACAGGUGAGGGACAGAUUUAGUUAUUCAUGGGUAUUGUGUAUGCACCAGCUGGGGUAAGCAUUGUAAGAUACCAAAAACCCUCAAAGUCUUUUCCAUGUCAGCUGUGAUGCCUUUGCUGUACAUACUAAAAAAAAUUGUCAUUAGUCAGGAAAACCGAAAAAGGACAGAGUCAAACUUUUGUUAAAUUUAGGUUGAAACCAAAAAUAUGACAUCUGAAAUUUACAUUUUCUCCAGAUGAAUCCUAAGCCCCGGGCAUGGGCAGGAAAACAGAGUUCCAAACAUGGCCACCGCUGGGGUCGUCUCCAGCAAAAUGAGGACGCCAUGUCAGAGUACGGCUGGUCUCCCAUCCGCACACGACGAAACAGUGAUGCUGCCUCUGAAAUGUCCUGUAACUGGUGACCUGGUAGACUGUGGGGUUAAGAGACUGUGGUUGAAAAUGUAAAAUAUUUCACAAAAAAAACCCCAGCUCUUUAUACAUUUAUCAUAUGUAGCAAAAUAUAUUUUACUCCGUUAAGAUGCUAAGUUUACAUGUGGUGUAAAGCCUGCUGGUUUUUAAGUCCUGUUAUGUUGUGUUAUUGAACAAGCGAGUUAUCGAUGAAAAUUUUCAUUUUUUUUUCAUUUUUUAAAUGAAACUAGCUACAAUAUAUCUUGAGUAUAUCUUUUCCUGCCCUUGUAGAAGUAUACCCACUUUAAGGGUACUAAAACAUAGUAAGACUGUCACAUAACUUUGAGACCAAACAUCCUUAUUAUGGAUUAAAGGUAGUCUUUUUUUUUUUUUUAAAUAAAAGUCAAGAAUUUUUAAAUCUCACACUUUUGAACUCAUGCUUUACAAUCCCAUAUCUCAGACUUCUUUUCAUGAUUCAAUUUUCAUUUUCAAGUAUGAGUUUUCAUUAGUUGCCUGUUGGUAUUGGAAAUAAACUAGACUGAUAGAUAACUGUGUGCCUUGCUUUGUCUGUCAGGGCACUUUGUAAAGGCGUUACAUAGAUGAAGUAAUUAUUAAUCAACUUUAUUCAGAUUUAUUUUUAUGGCACUUUUCAGACAAAAAAUGCAGUUCAAAUUGCCUCACAGAGGCUAAAAACAACAAUUAACAACAAUAAAACCUGACCCUACCACCCACACACCCACCCAUGGACCCACACACACACACACACACACAAAGACACACAACCACCCUCAUUUACACACCCACACAAGCGCACACAGUGAGAAUUUAAGAUAUAUUGUUAAAGAGACAUGGCCUGACAGACAUUACAUGAGGAAAGAGGUACCUUUGGGAAACACUGGAGACAAAAGAUAAAAGAUAUGGUAAAAAGAAAGAUGAAAACCUGAUGGACUAAAACAAGAAAAUAAUAUUAAAUGCACAGAUAACUAUCCAUUUCGGACACAGCCUCAGUCUCUUUUACACUGAAUUUUUUUUUUUUGUGGAAUUUUUUUACACAGUUUUUUAAGUCGAAUUUUCACUAAACAAAUAUUUUAAGAGACCAGUAUUUUUUUACACCAAAUUUAUUCCAUCAUUGUAAAAAAAAAAAAGUGUCAGAAAUAAAAAUGCGUGCUUGAAAUUCAA